GCUAUUAUAUUGGGCCAUGCUCAUCCUCCCCAAAUCCCCUUCAACAUACAAAUAAUGUGAGAAACCUUAAACCUUACCUCUCUCCGCAAUUUGCUAGACGUUUCCCUCGCUCGCUCGGUUACUCGGUCUUGUCGAACCAGCUCCACACUCCGGAGUCCAAAUGCUCUUACGUCAUUCUACAAAGCUGACUAAACUCCUCCUUCCCAGCAGCAGACCCCAAACCCUCCCUCCCCUCCUCCUCCUCUUCUCAACCCCUAAAACCCUAACCACCACCAACGAUGCACCUCCAAACGACGCCGUAUCAUCCACUACCAACGACGACUACUUCGCCGCCAUCCACCACCUUUCGAACAUCGUCCGCCGUGACUUCUACCUGGAGCGAACCCUCAACAAGCUCGACCUCCGUGUCACCUCCGAGCUCGUAUUCCGCGUCCUCCGCGCCUGCUCCUCCUCCCCUUCCGAGUCCCAUCGCUUCUUCAACUGGGCUCGGACCCAGCCUAACUAUAGCCCUACCACCAUCGAGUUCGAGGAGCUCGUCAAAACCCUAGCCUGCUCCCAGAAUUACCAGACCAUGUGGAAGCUCCUCCAUCAGAUGAUUUCUCUCUCCCUCUGCCCCUCCCCCGAAACAGUGUCGUUCCUGAUUGAACAGUACGGCAAGCAUGGCCAUGUAGACCAAGCCGUCGAGAUCUUCAACAAGUCGGGAAAAUCCCUGAAUUGCCCCCAUACCGUCGAGAUCUACAACUCCCUCCUCUUCUCCCUCUGCGAAGCUAAGCUCUUCCACGGCGCCUACGCCUUGAUCCGCCGCAUGAUCCGCAAGGGCCUCCUCCCCAACAAGCGCACAUACGCCAUCCUCGUGAACGCGUGGUGCUCGGCCGGUAAAAUGAAAGAGGCACUCGAGUUCCUCGCCGAGAUGAGCCGGAAGGGUUUCAAUCCCCCAGUGCGCGGCCGUGACCUCCUGAUCGAGGGCCUGCUAAACGCGGGAUAUCUCGAGUCGGCGAAGGAUAUGGUCACGAAAAUGGCGAAGCAAGGCUUCGUGCCCGACGUCGUAACCUUUAACUCCCUAAUCGAGUCGAUAUGCAAGUCCGGUGAGGUCGACUUCUGCAUUACUCUUUACAAUGAAGUGUGUAGAUUAGGGCUUUCGCCGGAUAUCAAUACAUAUAAGAUUCUGAUACCGGCAGUAUCGAAGGUGGGGAAGGUGGACGAGGCCUUUAGGCUAUUGAAUGAUUCAGUUGAGGACGGGCACAGACCGUUCCCGAGCUUGUAUGCGCCGGUGAUUAAGGCGAUGUGUAGGAGAGGACAGUUCGACGAUGCCUUUUGCUUCUUUAGUGAUAUGAAGGCAAAGGGGCACCCGCCAAAUAGGCCAGUGUAUACCAUGUUGAUAACGAUGUGUGGGAGGGGAGGGAAGUUUGUGGAGGCCGCUAAUUAUUUGGUGGAGAUGACGGAGUUCGGUUUGAUGCCCAUAUCCCGGUGUUUCGAUAUGGUUACUGAUGGGUUGAAGAAUUGCGGGAAGCAUGAUCUGGCUCAGAAGAUUGAGCAGUUAGAAGUUAAUAUCCGGGGCAUUUGAUGCUUAACAUUCUUGAGAUAACUGUUAGUAGCAUGAUAUGGCUGAUAAGGAGCAGUUUCAAGUAUCUUGUCGGAGUAUUUAUGAAAUACAUCGAAGGCCGCAAUUCAUUUUGGAAGUCACCAUAUACUUACUUGAGGCUGAGAUGAGGAUGCCUUUAGUAUGGAGGGUUAUUGCUCAGGGUAGCAACUUCUGCAUGGCUGGAUUACCGUUUGGUUUGGAGUAUCCAGAUGAACCAAAGAGUUGGAGGCGAGAUUGGCAGAUAGUAUUAGCGUAUAUUAGAAGCAUAUACGCUUCAAGUUAACUUUGCAAACAUGGUAAGAGGUCAAGAAAAUAGCUGAGGCGAGGUAAGUAGCAUUUUGGGUAGAAUGUAUGGUUUAUCGGUGUUAGUGCUUCAAUUAGUACGUACUUAAUGUCGCAUUAUAUGCGUGUUGUUGUAAAUGAAUUCGAUCCCAAAUGGUCGUGAACAGCUUAAAUUAGUAUUUUCCUGGAUCAUUUGUGAUAAACUUCUUAAUUGUGAUGCCUGCCUAGUGAUGCGAUUCCGGGUACGGUGGCUUUGAUGUUCGAGGCUAAUGAUUAAGUAGCUGUGAGAAGAAAGCCAGCCAGCCAACCACCGAGUUGAGUCUAGAUUCUAGUUAGGGAGGCGGGCAUCUGCUUGAGAAAGACCUUUACUACAUGGCUUUGUGCGAGUACGCAUACAGUUUAUUCCAUUAUAACAACUUUUGCUUCAGUGCUCCUAGCUGCAUGCCAAUACGUCCUUUUCGACCGGCCGUUUGUGCAGCAAUUAUGACGGCCGCUGGACUUGGAGGGAAAAGGACGUUCCCACUUUCUGACCUGAUUCUUCCUGCUCUGCUCUUUAGAGAGCAUCAGACCGGCAGACCCUUUGCUCUUGUUUGUAUGUUUUUCGAUUUGCAUCUAAAAAGUAACGGUCAUUCAUCCAAUCUUAUCGACUGAAGAACGUUGCAUCA